AUGGUACCACUAUGGUAUCAGCAUUGUGCACCACAAUAUCAGACGUUAUUAUCAUCAAUUCCUUCGCAAACAACAACACCUGCUUGGUUUAAUAAUCGAAUCAUACCAAAAAGUAUACCUUUACUACCAUUACCACCAAUAUUUUUACCUAAUCAACCAUUAAUGACAAUGCCAUCACUACCACCACUACCAACAGCAACACCAACAUCUUUACAAUCAUUACCCUUUAUUCAGAAAUCGUUAUCCUUACCAUCAUCAUCAUUAGCAUCUUUUCCAGUUACAUUAUUACGUGGUGAUAGAUUACUUAUUCCACAUACUGCAAAUUCGAAAUUUACAAUGAUAAAAGAGAUCUUAUCAACAAAGGAACUUUGCAAUAAUGUUUUACUGCUAUAUUUUUCACGCGCCGGAUGUUAUUUUCACGUUGUUUUUUGCUCUGCACCUGAUGGUUUCAAUACUGGCGAAGAAUUCUGUAUACCAGCAAAAUGGCAAUCAUUGUGUAAAGUAGCUAAAAUGCCUGAAGCUAAUGUUCGCAAUGGAAUUGUCUUACGGAACAUUGAAUUUGGUGAAGAAAUUAUUAUAUGCAAAGAUUCUGAAGGACCUAAUGAAAUGCAAGAGGUGAAUAAGAAGAUUCUAGGAAUUCAGCUGAAUGAAGAGAUUCUAGAAAAAGAAUCAAAUCAAAAGCUAGAAAUGCUUGAGCAACGAUCUACUGAAGCAGGUUAAAU